UAUUGAACAAUGUCACUUCCACAAACAAAGAGACUCCGAAGAGACGGAAGUGGUAAGAGACAGACAGACAGAGAAUAUUGGGGGAGAAAUGGAAAAGGAACAUGGAGAAAUUACGAAGAUCUAACAAGGAAGAAAUAAAGAGAAAAUCAUCCAGAUAAAUAUAUCAACAAAAUGCCGGAAAAUUUUCUGUUAUUGCAAUGCAGAUCAACCAGGAUCACCAAAAUUGGGCAUGAGUGAUCCAGGGGAGGUCCACGACGAAGGGAGCACUGAUUAUCUGUGAAAAAUAAGAAGAAUAUAGACAUUUCCUUCGAAAUUAAGGGUUUCAUUGAAGUUUCACAAUGCGUACUGCAGUGAAUAUAAUAGUAGGCUCUCAUGUUUGGGCUGAAGAUCCAGCACAAGCAUGGAUUGAUGGGCAGGUUGUCAAGAUUAAAGGGAAAGAUGUGGAGAUUCAGACUAGUGAAGGGAAAACGAUUGUUGCUAAUCUAUCAAAAAUAUAUCCGAUGGAUUUGGAAGCUCCUGCUGGUGGAGUUGAUGAUAUGACGAAGCUAUCUUAUCUACAUGAGCCAGGAGUCUUGCAGAACCUAAGAACCAGAUAUGAACUUAAUGAAAUUUAUACCUACACUGGAAACAUUCUAAUUGCAAUCAACCCAUUCCAGAAGCUACCUCAUUUGUAUGAUGCUCAUAUGAUGCAACAAUACAAGGGAGCACCAUUUGGAGAAUUGAGUCCCCAUGUAUUUGCAAUUGCAGAUACCUCUUACAGGGCCAUGGUCCAUGAAGGAAAGAGCAAUUCCAUUCUGGUGAGUGGUGAAAGUGGAGCAGGUAAAACAGAGACAACCAAAAUGCUUAUGCGGUUCCUUGCGUAUUUGGGUGGGAGGAAAGCUACUGAAGGUCGCACCGUUGAACAGCAAGUCCUUGAAUCAAAUCCUGUUCUUGAAGCAUUUGGGAAUGCCAAAACUGUUAGAAAUAACAAUUCAAGUCGUUUUGGUAAGUUUGUUGAGAUCCAGUUUGAUAAGCAUGGGAGAAUAUCUGGAGCAGCUAUAAGGACUUACCUUUUGGAAAGAUCUCGUGUUUGCCAAGUCAAUGAUCCCGAGAGAAACUAUCACUGUUUUUACCUUCUUUGUGCUGCACCACCAGAGGAAGUUGAGAAGUAUAAGUUGGGAAGCCCACAGUCUUUUCACUAUCUUAACCAAUCAAAAUGCUUUGAGCUAGUCGGUGUGAAUGAUGGACUUGAGUAUCUUGCCACAAGAAGAGCCAUGGAUAUUGUUGGAAUAAGUAAACAGGAGCAGGAAGCAAUUUUCAGAGUUACUGCUGCUAUUCUUCAUUUAGGCAAUAUUGCCUUUGCUAAAGGGAAAGAGGUUGAUUCUUCGGUGCUAAAAGAUGACAAAGCUAAAUUUCAUCUUAAGAUGACAGCAGAACUUCUAAAGUGUGAUCCUGUUGGCUUGCAAGAUGCAUUGUGCAAACGUGUGAUGAUUACUCCUGAAGAAGUUAUCAAAAGAAGUCUUGAUCCAUUAAGUGCUGCAUUCAGCAGAGAUGGUUUGGCUAAAACAAUAUAUUCAAGAUUAUUUGAUUGGUUGGUGGAUAAAAUUAAUAAAUCAAUUGGACAAGAUCCUAACUCAAAAUGUCUGAUUGGCGUUCUGGACAUCUAUGGUUUUGAGAGCUUUAAGAACAACAGCUUUGAGCAGUUUUGCAUCAACUUUACAAAUGAGAAGCUGCAGCAACAUUUCAACCAGCAUGUCUUUAAAAUGGAGCAAGAAGAAUACAAAAAAGAGGCUAUCAACUGGAGCUACAUUGAAUUUGUUGAUAACCAAGAUGUUCUAGAUCUCAUUGAAAAGAAACCUGGUGGUAUCAUUGCUCUUCUUGAUGAAGCUUGUAUGUUCCCAAAGUCAACACAUGAGACAUUCGCAAAUAAGCUUUAUCAGACUUUCAAAAACCACAAACGAUUUAUCAAGCCCAAGUUGUCACGCACAGAUUUCACAGUUGCUCAUUAUGCUGGAGAGGUGCAAUAUCAAUCUGAUCAAUUUCUUGACAAAAAUAAAGAUUACGUGGUCCCCGAACACCAAGAUUUGUUGGGUGCUUCCAAGUGUCCUUUUGUAGCCGGCCUUUUCCCUGCUUUAGAAGAGUCUUCCAAAUCUUCUAAAUUUUCUUCAAUAUGUUCCCGUUUCAAGCUUCAAUUGCAACAACUGAUGGAGACACUUAAUGCUACAGAGCCUCACUAUGUUAGAUGCGUGAAACCAAAUAAUAAACUAAAACCUUCCAUAUUUGAGAACCUUAACAUCUUGCAACAAUUGCGAUGUGGUGGUGUUUUAGAGGCAAUCAGAAUCAGUUGUGCUGGUUAUCCCACCCGGCGUGCUUUCUUUGAGUUUAUAAACAGAUUUGGACUUCUUGCCCCAGAAGCCUUGGCUGGAUUGGCGGGAAGUAGCUUUGAUGAAAAGAUGGUAUGUCAAAAGAUCUUGGAAAAGAUGGGGCUGAGUGGGUUUCAGAUUGGGAAAACAAAGGUGUUCCUGAGGGCUGGACAGAUGGCAGAACUAGAUGCAAGGAGAGCUGAGGUCCUUGGCAGUGCAGCAGCAAUUAUUCAAAGGCGGAUACGAACUCAUAUUGCUCAUCGCCAGAUCAACGCAUUGCGAAAUUCUUCAAUCUUUUUACAAGCUUUCUGUAGACGUAGUCUGGCUUGCAGAAAGUUUGAUCAACUGAAGAGAAUUGCAGCUGCUAUAAAAAUUGAAAAACACGUGCGUAAAUGGCGUGCUUGGGUGGCUUAUACUAGGCUCCGUGUGUCAGUGCUUGCAGUUCAGACAUGUGUACGCGCAGUAGAGGCGCGUAAAAGAUUCCGAUUCCGCAAGGAAACUAAUGCUGCUAUCAAAAUUCAGACUCGGUGGCGUUGUCAUAAACAUUCUGCAUACUAUAAAAGGCUAAAGAAAGGAUCUUUAGUUACUCAAUGUAGAUGGAGGGGAAGGAUUGCUAGGAGAGAGCUACGAAAACUUAAAAUGGCUGCACAAGAAACAGGUGCACUUAAAGAAGCAAAAGAUAAGCUUGAGAAACAGUUGGAGGAACUAACAUGGCGUUUACAGCUUGAGAAACGUUUAAGGACUGAUUUGGAAGAAGCAAAAGCACAAGAGGCACUGAAAUUUCAGAAUUCUCUAGAAGCUAUGCAAAAGAAACUUGAUGAAGCAAAUGCAUUGGCUGUAAAGGAAAGAGAGGCAGCUAAAAAAGCUAUUGAUGAAGCGCCUGCGGUUGUUGAAGAAAAAGAGAUUGUUAUUGAAGAUACUAAGAAAAUUGAAUCCUUGACUGCUGAGGUGGAUGAGUUGAAGGCAAAGUGGGAGUCAGAAAAGAAACGUGCUGAUGAGCUGGAAGAAUGUAGUGAAGGAAGACGUAAGAAGUUGGAAGAAACAGAAAAGAAAGUCGUUCAGUUACAGGAAACUAUGAGCAGAUUGGAAGAGAAACUAAACAACUUGGAAUCAGAGAAUAAAGUCUUCCGCCAACAAGCUGUGUCCAUGGCACCUAAUAAGUUUCUCUCAGGGCGUUCCAGAUCUAUUAUGCAGAGGAACGACAGUGGUACUUUUAUUGGAGAAUCAAGGUCAUCAUCUCAGGAUCCGCAUAGCCCUUCAAUGCACCAAAGAGAUCUAGCAGAAAUAGACGACACACCACAAAAAUCACUGAAUGAAAAACAAAUGGAGAAUCAAGAACUACUUAUCCGAUGCAUUGCACAACAUCUAGGGUUUGCAGGGAAUCGACCAAUCGCAGCCUGCAUCAUUUACAAAUGCCUUCUUCAAUGGAGAUCUUUUGAAGUGGAACGCACUACUGUUUUUGACCGAAUUAUCCAGACCAUAGGCAAUGCCAUAGAGAAAAAACAGGAUAAUAACGAUAUAUUGGCAUACUGGUUAUCGAAUGCCUCUACUCUUUUGCUUCUUCUUCAGCGAACAUUGAAACCGAGUGGGUCAGCAUCUGGAAUGGCUCCACAACGUCGUCGAUCAUCAGCUGCUCUUUUUGGGAGGAUGACUUCUGUAAUGAGUUUCCGUGGGACCCCUCAAGGAAUCGAACUUCCUUCCUUUGUGAAUGGAGAUCUGAGUAGUGGAGUUGAAGGUGGUUAUACCAAAGUGGAAGCCAAGUAUCCAGCUUUGCUUUUUAAGCAGCAGUUAACAGCUUAUGUUGAAAAGAUUUAUGGAACAAUUCGAGAUAAUUUGAAAAAGGAAAUAUCUCCGUUACUCGGGAUGUGUAUUCAGGCACCGAGAAUUUCGAGAGCCAGCCUGGCAAAGGGAUCAUCGCGUUCGGUUUCCAGUUCAGCUCAACAGACACUGAUUGCUCAUUGGCAAGGAAUCGUCAAGAGUCUUGGAAGUUUCUUGAAUGUUCUAAAAACAAAUCAUGUUCCACCGGUUUUGGUGCGUAAAGUUUUCUCACAAAUAUUUUCGUUUGUGAAUGUUCAGCUAUUUAACAGUCUACUUUUGAGACGUGAGUGCUGUUCGUUUAGCAAUGGUGAGUAUGUGAAAGCGGGAUUGGCUGAACUAGACCACUGGUGUUUUAACGCAACUGAUGAGUAUUCAGGUUCUGCUUGGGAUGAACUGAAGCAUAUACGGCAAGCUAUAGCAUUUCUGGUUAUACAUCAAAAGCCAAAGAAAACACUGGAUGAAAUAAGUCAUGACCUCUGCCCAGUUCUUAGUGUACAGCAGCUGUACCGGAUCAGUACAAUGUACUGGGAUGACAAGUAUGGGACACAAAGCGUCUCCCCAGAUGUUAUAUCCAACAUGAGAUCAUUGAUGACUGAAGAAAACACUGUUGUAAGCAAUUCUUUCCUAUUGGAUGACGAUUCCAGCAUCCCAUUUUCGGUUGAUGAUAUAUCGAGAUCAAUGGAUAAUAUAGAGAUAUCGGACAUUGAGCCUCCACCUCUAAUUCGCGAGAACUCAGGAUUUAGCUUUCUGUUGCCACGUAUCGAGAGCCACUGACCCAAGAUGUUUUCCGGUCAGGAUAAUCAACCCGUGAGAAG